ACAUCCUGACAUAUUUUCCAUCUCUGUCUCAUAUGAAUCAAUCCCGACAGCAGCCAUUUUGUUCAUGUUUUUCUCUUGCACAUUGGUCCAGAGUGUAAAUAUAUUUUCUUGGCCUCAAAGUCGUAGUUUAGCUUUGCACUGCACUUGCCUACCAAGAUGGCACAGAUCACUUCCAUUCAGACUUGUGGGAACUAUGUAUUGAUAGAAGUUCAAUCAGAACUGAAUGACUGCAGGCCGGAGGACAGUUUAUUCUUAUUGUUUUUAUUGCAGGCUAUAUUCUGAUCUGAGCAGAGAAAAGAGGAAGUGAGUUAUAUAGCUGCUCACAGGCUGAAUGAUGGACUUUGGAAUAAAACAUAUCUCAGUUACGGGUGAGGCAGAAAGUAAACUGCUGCCUCACCCAGUAUACAGACGCAUUUUCAGAUGCAUUGAAACCUAAAUUUCAAUGCAUCUGAAAUUUGCAUUGAAAUUUCAGAUGCAAAUUUGAAAUUUGCAUCUGAACACAACCAUAGGUGUGUCUAACCUAUAGUUCAGGUUAAACACACUUAAACUAAAUCAGGAAGCAGUUUAUGAUUGUUGGUUCCUGCAGACGAUCAGAUUCACCUUCAGACCAAAGUAGCAGCUUCCUCUGAGUGAGUCCAGCUGUAGGAGAGAAAAGUGGAAACCUCCAGCUCUGCUGCUUCCAGCUGCUCACACUCCACAGACUGAAGCUUCUCUUAGAGACAAAAUGGCUUCCAGAACAGAGGAGGAUCUCUGCUGUCCGGUCUGUAAGGAAGUCUUUAAGGAUCCAGUCAUUCUGUCAUGUUGCCACAGCUUCUGUAAGGAAUGUCUAAAGGACUGGUGGAGAGAGAAACUAGCAAGAGAGUGUCCAGUUUGUAAGAAACUAUCAGUCACCGAAGAUCCAUUUUGUAACUUGGUUCUGAAGAACCUGUGUGAGACUUUCUUACAGCACAGAGAUGAGACAGUUUCAGAGGAUCUCUGCAGUCUGCACUCUGAGAAACUCAAACUCUUCUGUCUGGACCAUCAGCAGACAGUUUGUCACAUCUGCAGUCAUUCAGAUAAACACACCGGGCAUAGAUUUAAACCUAUCGAGGAAGUUGUGCAGCAACUCAAGAACAAAAUUAAAGAAUCUCUGGAGCCUAUAAAAAAAACCCUGGACCUCAGGAUGAAAGUUCUGGAAAAGGUUUACCGGACCGCAGAACACAUGAAGGUCCAGGCCCGACACACAGAGAGGCAGAUUGUUGAGCAGUUUAAGAAGCUUUAUCAGUUUCUAGCAGAGGAAGAGGAGGCCAGGCUGGCUGCACUGAGGGAGGAAGAGGAGCAGAAGAGAGGGAUGAUGAAUGAGAAGAUGGAGGCUCUGAGCAGAGAGAUAGCAGCUCUUUCAGACACAGUCAGAGCCACAGAGGAGGAGCUGAGAGCUGCAGACGUCUCAUUCCUGCACAACUACAAGGCUGCAGUGGAAAGAGUCCAGGGCUGCCCCCUGCUGGAGGAUCCACAGCUGCCCUCAGGAGCUCUGAUAGACCAGGCCAAACAUCUGGGCAACCUGGCCUUCAACAUCUGGAGCAACAUGAAGGACAUGGUGACCUACAAUCCGCUGGUUCUGGACCCAAACACGGCUCAUCCAGGACUCCACCUGUCUGGAGAUCUGACCAGUUUGACUGUAGGAGAGGAACAGCAGCUUCCUGAUAAUCCAGAGAGGUUUGGUUCAGGGUAUUCUGUCCUGAGCUAUGAGGGUUUUAACUCAGGGAACCACAAAUGGGAUGUUGAUGUUGGAGACAGUGAAGGCUGGGCAUGUGGUGUGAUAGCAGAGUCUGUUCAGAGGAAGGGGAUUAUACAGUCUGGGUGGCUGGUUCUGUGGUUCAAUGAAGGUGAAUACUUAGCACGUUCUCCAAAAGCAUCGACACGUCUCCAAGUCCAGAAGAAACUCCAGAGGAUGAGAGUGAAUCUGGACUGGGACGGAGGAAAGCUGUCGUUCUCUGAUCUGGACACUAACACACGCAUACACACCUUCACACACACCUUCACACACAAGAUGUUUCCAUAUUUCAACACUAGUCAUGUAACAGUUUUACCGAUGAAGAUCUCAGUGAUCAAACAGCAGCUCUGAUGUUCUCAGCAUGAAGAACAAAUGAAACUUUAUUGAUCAGAUUGAAACUCUGUGAUGUAAGCAGGAAACUGAAGAUGAUCUGAUCUGAUGAUCUGCUUGUUUUCAACUCAGCUUAAUAAUCCUUCCAGAUGCUACAAACUAAAUGCGCCAUGAAGUGAAUGAUGUGGACUUUAGUUUGGUUCUGACAGCCGAUAAAGGUGUGUGGAUCCUGAACAGGUACCAGGUGAGGUUAGUGGAGAGCAUGAGGACACUGUACAGCUCUGCUGAUGAAACAAACUGAGAUCCAAACAUCCAGACUGAUGAACAGAGGAAAACUCUGAGAGGUUUUCAUAUUUAGAUGAGGAACAUCUCGGCAGAUUUAUCAGGAACAGGAAGAA